AUGGAGAGAGAGAUUGAAGAGCUGGAACGCGCAGUACUGGAAAACUGCCGUCUUCUUGAGGAGGUUGAAGGAGCCAAGCCCAAGAGAUUUCAGGAGAGACAUGCUGCAGAUGGGUACAGUACUGCAAGGCCACAGCGCCCUCUGGAGGCUGGUUGGACUCCUCCACACUCCGCUUCAGAGAACCAGAGCACAGAGAGACCACAGCGCCCCCUGGAGGCUGUUCACUGGGGUGCUGUGGUUGACCUUGUGAAGUCGACCCUCACUCUUGGGCCUCUCACAGUUGAUCUCCAGCCUGAAAAGCGGACAAGAAAGAGGCAGAGGACCCGGAAAGUCAGUCCAAGGGGGGUGGUUCCAGCGGUGGCGGUCCAGAUCCAGGCGGUCCCAGCGGCGGCGGUCCAGGUGGUCCCAGCGGCGGCGGUCCAGGCGGUCCCAGCGGCAACGGUCCAGGCGAUCCCAGUGGCGGCGGUCCAGGCGGUCCCAGCGGCGGCGGUCCAGGCGGUUCCAGAAGCGGCUGUCCAGGCGGUCCCAGCGGGGACGGUCCAGGCGGUCCCAGCAGCGGCAGUCCCGGUGGUCCAGGCAGUCGAGGUCCAGGCGGUCCCAGCGGCGGCGGUCCAGGUGGUCCCAGCGGUGACGGUCCAGGCGGUCCCAGAAGCGGCGGUCCAGGCGGUCCCAGCGGCGGCGGUCCGGGUGGUCCAGGCGGUCGAGGUCCAGGCAGACGAGGCCCAGGCGGUCCUAGCGGCGGCAGUCCAGGCGGUCCCAGUGGCGACGGUCCAGGCGGUCCCAGCGGCGGCAGUCCAGGUGGCCGAGGCAGUCGAGGUCCAGGCGGUCCCAGCAGCAGCGGUCCAGGCGGUCCCAGCGGUGACGGACCAGGCAGUCCAGGUCCAGGCGGUCCCAGCAGCGGUGGUCGAGGUCCAGGCGGUCGAGGUCCAGGCAGUCCCAGAACCGGCGGUCCCAGCGGCGGUGGUCCCAGAUGUGGCGGUCCCAGCAGCGGUCCAGGCGGCAGAUCACCGCUCUCCAACACCGGCUGGCGCUUGCACAGCCAGUCCCCGUGCCAUACCACCCCCAUCCACGGAGACUGUGAAUGCUGUCAAAGAGCUGUGGCAGCGCAGUAGUGAGGGCCUAGAUCAGUGUCAAAAAGAGCAGUUGAGACAUCUCUUGGACAGGUAUGUGGACAUCUUUGCCGCUCGAGAUGAGGACUGUACACAAACUCGGCUUGUCCAGCACUCUAUUGACACUGGUUCGGCCCCCCCAAUACGCCUUAGGCCCCAUCGGCUCGCCCUUUCAAAGAGACAGUUAGCAGAGGACAUGAUCCACAAAAUGCUUGCGGCUGGAAUAAUAGAACCAUCCAGCAGUCCUUGGGCAGCUCCAGUAGUUCUUGUGCGCAAGAGAUUGGGUGGGUGGCGGUUCUGUGUGGAUUACCGUCGUCUCAACGCGGUCACAAAGAAGGACUCUUAUCCACUACCCCGCAUCGACGAUGCUCUGGAUUACAUUAGUGGAUCAAGUUGGUUCAGCUCCCUCGACAUGCGAAGUGGAUAUUGGCAGGUGGAGCUCAGCCCCCAGGCCAGGGCAAAGACUGCAUUCACAUUCGGGCAAGGACUCUGGCAGUUUCGUGUAAUGCCAUUUGGCCUGUGCAAUGCGCCGGCCACGUUCGAGCGUCUCAUGGAGCGGGUGCUCGCCGACAUUCCUCGCAGCCAUUGUGUGGUGUACCUGGAUGACCUGCUAGUCCAUGCGAGUGAUUUCAGCAAAGCUUUGGGCCACCUGAGCGGCGUCUUCAGUUCUAUUCGUCACGCUGGUCUGCGGCUGAACCCUGCCAAGUGCCACCUUCUGCAGAGAGAGACUACUUUCCUGGGUCAUGUGGUCAGUGCUGAAGGAGUAGCGACUAACCCAGAGAAAAGGCCCCUACACCGCCUGACGGACAAAGGAAAGCCUUUCGCUUGGACUAACAGCUGUGACACUGCUUUCAACCAGCUAAAAGCAGCCCUCACAGCCGCGCCCAUCCUUGCGUACCCGCACGUAGAUCUCCCCUAUGUGGUGGACACAGACGCUAGUGGCACCGGAAUUGGGGCUGUCCUUUCACAGCAGGGAGGCGAAGGAGAGCGAGUAGUGGGGUACUACAGUCGCGCUCUCAGUCGUGAGGAGAGGAACUACUGUGUCACACGCCGAGAGCUGUUAGCCGUAGUGAUGGCAGUACACCAUUUUCGCCCCUAUUUGCACGGCAACAAGUUCCUCCUGCGCACAGAUCAUGCCUCACUGACCUGGCUUUUAAGUUUCAAGCAGCCAGAGGGACAAGUAGCUCGUUGGCUGGAAGUUCUCCAAACUUACGAUUUUGACAUUCAACAUCGCCCUGGACAACAACACAAUAAUGCGGAUGCCCUGUCACGACGCCCGUGUGUUAUAGCAGAGUGUCGUUACUGCGAGCGCCAGGAAGAGCGGGAUCGGGACAAGCCGAGGGUUUCCACUGCCACAAUUAACCCCCCUGAUGACCUGUCUUCAGAACAGCUGCAGCAACAGCAAGAGUCCGAUACCACCCUGGCCCUGAUCAGGAAGUGGCUGGAACUGCCCAGACGUCCUGAAUGGCCGGCAGUCUCCCCCCAUGGCACUGAUAUUAAGGCCUAUUACUCUCAGUGGGGAAACAUUGAGCUUCGUAACGGCUUGCUGUUCCGGAGGUGGCGGGCUCCAGGGCAGGGCAAAGACAUCUUACAGUUAUUAGUGCCCCGUUCACUUCAACCUCAGGUCCUUCAGAGUGUGCACGGUUCAAUCGGCUCAGGCCACUUUGGCAUCUCCAAGACCCUCCAUCGGCUUCGGGGACGUUUCUACUGGCCCGGCUGCCGACAGGACGUGGAAAUACAUGUGCAUUGCUGUGAUUUGUGCACUGCUCGGAAAGGUCCCACCCAGCGCUCACAUGCCCCCCUUCAGCAAUACCUGGUCGGGGCUCCAAUGGAACGAGUAGUCCAGGAGUCCAGUCAGUGCACCCCAGCUGCUCUCAUGUUCGGUCGAGAGCUCCGCACACCCGUGGAUCUGGUGUUCGGGAGCCCUCCGGAGCCCGAGAUUGCAGGAGGGCACGAGAUGGACUAUUUCCAAAGACUCAGAGAGCACCUGCGGGUGGUGCAUGACUAUACUCGCCAAGUUCAAGCCAGUUCCGGGGUACGUCAGAAGAGGGCCUAUGACAGUCACUGCCGCGGUCAGCCCUUCCAACCUGGGGACAAAGUGUGGGUUUAUUGCCCCGAUCGAAAGAAAGGUAUCUCUCCUAAGCUGUGCAGUCAUUGGAGGGGGCCAGCCGAAGUUGUGGCACGCCUGUCCGACGUGGUAUACCGUACGGAUUACUUGUCCAAGCCCCCCAAGUUCAUCUGUCUCCCAGACGCCCAAUUCGCCAACGUCGUCAACCUGGUCACUUGA